AUUUAUUUUAGGCAGCCGCGCCACUCUGCUCAGUUCUCUUCAUCAUCGACUACUAAGUGAUUGUGAGUGUGGUCUCUAAAACGAAAAAGUCUUUCAUUCUUUAAAAAUCUUUCUCUUUUAAAAGUUAAUAAAAGUCUAUCAAAAUGUCUGCGUCACCGAUUGCAAGGCAAGCUACUCACAGUCAGGUGAUUCCGUCAAGAAGGGUGCUUAUUACGGAUCCUACGCAAAUGCCAGAUGUCUAUUCCAGCACUCCUGGAGGCACCGUCUAUUCAACUACACCUGGAGGUACCAGAAUAGUUUAUGAGCGAUCCUUCAUGAUGUCGCUGAGACAAUCACCGAUUUCGCAAACACCACCAAAGUGUAGUCUCCCUGCUGGGCUGCUCAAGAACCCUGGCGCCCACACAGCGACGCACUCGCCUUCACAGAAGAAUGUGCGCUCAAAUUCGAUUUCCUUCGAUGAGUCGCAGGAGACUUUCAGUAUGGAUCUCUAGACUAGUGUAGGGUAACCAUUGUAUUGUGGGACUGAUUGGGUAAAGUCUAAUGAGAAAUAAUGGUCAAUAUGUCGCAAUUAAGAAUAAAAUUAUGCUAUUUUUAUAGUUCCCGACUUAGCUGCUCAAGUUUGUGCUUCAGAUUUACGAAUAGAAGUUAUUUGUCUACUGUGUUUUGUUUGCUUAUUUUUAACGUGGUUUUUGUUUAACCUAUCCCUUGGCGUAGUUAUUUUUUAGUAUAUUUUAACGAUAUUCCUCCCGCUGCAUUUUAGUGUCUCUAAUUGUAAUAAAUUUAAUUACUUAAUCAGUAUUCCACAUUCACAAGGUUCAUUAAAUUUAAGGUCAAUUGUAAUGUUAGUUUAAACGUGACUGAACCAUUGUUUAACGUUCGAGACGUGGUCCUUUGCCGCGAAAAAAAACAAACUAAAAAAAUGAUUAACUACACAAAAAAAGUUCUAAAAACUUACAAAAUAUAAAAAAAACACUGACCCAAUUUUUAAUGGAAUGGUUGCAAAGUGUGUGAAUUGUUAUUGUUUAAAGAAAGUGA